GCGCUGCCCUGGGCCUUGGCCUGCGCUGGGCCUCCGGGCUUUUUUCCGGCCGGUUUUUAGAAAAACGCCCCAAAAUAAAGGGGGAGGAGGAAGGGGGGGAUUAAAUUGAAAAGUAAGAAAACAGCGGUGCGUUGAGGCGUCAGGUGCUGGGGGCUGUGCCCUGCACAUUUCUCCCGGAGGGGAAGCAUCUUGAAGCGCAACUAGUCCCUUGUUCAUUAAGAAACACGGGAAGGGGUGUCCCUGCGCAAGCGCUCGCUAGGAGAUGGCCGCUAAGCAGAUGCAGGUCUGGUCACCCAUGGUCAGGAACAUGUAAUUCAAACUGGAACAAGUGCUCUUGACCAGAGGCAUGGAAAGCCUUCCUCAUGGAGACAGACUCAAAACGUUUGCUUUGGUUAGCCUAGCAAAACAAAGGUGAGAGGAAUUAUGAUUCCUCCAUAAAUACAUCAGGUGCUAAACACCAGGGAGGGAGGAAAAAACCCAAUUUAUGCUAAGGGACAAUCUUGUUGAAGGAGGGUAAACUGACCAGCAUAAAUUUAGGUUGUAAAUUAGAUGGUAUCUAACUAUCAAAGGGUUCUGGAAUAGCUAAUUGGAGUAGUGGAGACAAGCAACCUACUUGAUCAGCUUAUGAAAGGGGUUAUUUUAUAUGUUGCCUGUGAUAGCAGGGAACUGGACUUAGUGGCCCAGGAGGUCCUGUUGUAAAGAAAGUGAUGCAGUUAUACAAUGAGAUAUAUGCUUUUUGAUGUUGGGCCUCAUGCCCAAGCCAAGGGAUAGGUUCACUACCGGUUUGGCAUUUACUUUUGCUGGUCCAGAUAAAGUAGUCCCAUUGCUGACCAGAUCUGGCACCUUCAGCUCCUCUGUUGUCUACAUUGGCCAGAUCAGUCCCUUUGUAAAAGAAUGAAUGGAUACCAAGUCACGAUCAGUUCCAGGAACACACAAAAGGCUGUGGCAGAACUUUAACCUACCUGCAUGUUUCAUCCCUGACCUCAGAGCAGCUGUCCAUAAGCAACAAACCUUCGAAAGCCAGCUAACUUGAAUUUAAAAUCAUUCACAGACUGGAUUGUAUUAACCAUGGUACUGUGGAUUUACUACAUUACCCGGACUAACUGUUAACUGUUAGGAUCCUUCUGGAUAUUAACUGCCUUGUUCAUCUCAGUUGAUCUAAUCAACCCACAUAUUACCUCUCUUUUCAAUCAAUGUUCCCUCCUUCUUCCAUGUAAAAUAAUUUCUGCCAGUCUGUUCAUGGAGUCUGAUGAAGUAAUUUGUUGCCUGGGGGAACUCAUGCCUCUCUGAACCAGUUAGUCUCCAAGGUGCCUUGUUUACCUCCCUUCCACCUGAAUCAACAGAGAAAUAAUACAUAUCCUGCUUAGCUGAGAGUACAAUUGUAUGAAAGAAUCCAGGUGUUGGAAUCAGUUGAAUUGGAUACUGUAUAGCCUUAGCUGAGAUCUGUGUUACAAGGAUUUGUUGCAGAAAAGUAGAAAAGUGGGUGAAAUAAAGGAAAUGAAUGAAAUGCCAUUUCAGACUUACUGGAUUUAUCAUAAUGCAUACUGUUAAGAAAAAUGCUUAGAUCCAAAAGAAAAAUUUUAAAGUCCAUCAGGAAAUCACUGUGACCUAGUACGGACAGCAGUAUGUCAUUCAGUCAAACCAGGCCUCCAACAUCAGAGUUGGUGGAGCUUCAUGUUUUUUACGUCCCAGAAGAAGUGUGGAACUUCAAAUUGAAUACAAUUUCUGCAGAUCAUAUUAGGACAUUCAUUUCAGCUGGAUUUAUAAGGGCAUCUCCUUGCUUGACACUGAGAACGCUACGGGAGCAGCUUGGAAAGUACCUAGGUGAAAAUGCUGUGACAGAUAAAUUUAGAUUUCUAAAAUGUAUAGGGAAAAAGCUAGCAGUGGUGAAAGCAAAGCAAGAAACAGAACUGGAACUCAAGUUGUUUGCUCCCCCAUAUGCACUUUAUCCUGAAUUGUAUUUUCUGCCUGGAUUAGACCAUUUAGAAAGUAUUUAUUCAUCAUCAUCCACAACUUCAGAAAGACAACACUUUUAUGAAGACCCUGCAGUAUUCAGUAGCUAUGUCCAUGGAUCAAAUAUUUUAAAUCUUCCGAAGAGAAAGCUUGAAAAAAGUCUAGCAUUUCUAGAAGGUCCACCAAUAAAUCAUUUAAUUCAGAAUCAGGAAGAGCAUAGUUCUUCAGGAUGGAAUAAAAAAGAAAAAGAAACAAUUCAGGUUCUGCAUGACUCCAAACAACAUGAGGGAGUCCAGAACAACAGAAAUCAGGAAAAACUGAUUCCGCAAAGAAGGAAAGACCAAACUGGAUCCCAGGGGUCUCUCUGCCUGCCAGGUCAUCUAAAUCCUGCAAAGUGGGAGUCCGAAAGAAAUCCUGCCUCUUCACAAAAUCCUCAGCAAACUCAUCUCAGUGAGAAUCAGAAGGAGUGUAAUACACUAAACUGGAAUGAGAAAGACAAAGGGACCAUUCCAAUUCUUCAUGUAAAAGAAAACCAUGAACAAAAGCAGAAUAAUCAGACUCAGGAAAGUCACAUCCCACAGAGAAGAAAUGAUCAAAUCCCUACACUACUAGUUACAAAUAUGGAAUAUGAAGGAAAAUUAAAAGGUAGUUUAGAAAGAAAAACUACAGAAAAUUCCAGAUCUCCAGAAUCAUUGGAAGACAAUGUCCUACAAGAUGUUCAUAAUAAGAAAAGCCAUCAACAAAUAACUGGCAUGUCUGUUGCUGAUAUUGGUGGAAAACAGGAUGAUCAGACAGCUGAGAAUAAUUUAGGUCAUCCAGCACAUCCCAGUCAAUAUAUUUCCCCUCCUGCUCCACCUCUGCUGACUCUUCCUGUAGAUGCCACAGAGGUAGCAAAAAUCAAACUGGCAGAAGAGCUGGAACAAAGGAAGGCAAAAAGACUGCACAUGGAAAGAAUCAGAGAGGAACUGAUCAAGAAAGCCAAAGGCCUGCUGGAACAAAACCAACUGAAAAGAUAUCACGCUCGCCAGGCAUGGAAAAAGAAGUACUUUGAAACCAAAAAGGCUACAGCUUCACUUGAAGAUAAUUUAAAUAAAUUGCGGCAAGACUUAGAGCUUUCUCACCAAAAGUUACUGUCACAGCUGGAAGCCAGGGAUAGCGGGAAACGAGCAAAAAACGCAACACACAUUGCAGGCUCUAAGAACGCCACCAUCAUCCAGAUCACCACAGAGCAACACGCAAUCGAUCACCUAAAGAGAAAGCUCGAUAAUAUCAAAAUGAAACUUAUCAUAGAAAUUAAGAUGAGAAAACAAGCAGCUUCUGAUUUACGAGUACUGAGAGCAGAACUAGCACAGAAGAAGAUUCAGUCAUCUUUAAUGCUCCAGACUGGAAAACUAGUAAUUUAGAAGAUCACGCACCGGAUUGUCUAGUGCAGGAGUUCUCAACCUUGUUAGAGUCAAGGCACCCCUUGGAAAAUGACAGCUCUUAGUUUUCACUUGUUUUCGACUACAAAAAAAUUAUAGAGCAAUUUUUAUGUUGCAAAGAAGUCAGAAAGAAUUUGAGUCAGAAUGUUUUUGACGCUAUGGAUUCCUAUUGGAAAUCGCUGUGUUCUGAUUGUGAACCGUGCUGGCAUACCUAAGUGCUAACAUUGUGUGACACCCAAUACCCUUGAAAAGAUCUCAUGGCUCCCUAGUUGACAAUCACUGCUCUAGUGUAUAUUUACACAGAAAAAAAGCACUGUCAACUUUUUGGGUUAUGUUCUUAAUAUUUUUUAUUGUAAAGACAUUUAUCAAAUGUGUAAAUAUAGCAACAUUUGUCAAUAAGACACCGAGGCAGAAUACAUUAUUUGUCUUUUACAUAAUUGACUGCCGUUUGUCACAACCCAAGGGUGUGAUUUUGUUUGUGUGUGCUUCGGCAUUGCUAAAUUGUUCCCGCUAAACUGCAGUUUCUUUGCACGGUGGAGUUUUCUGCUGCAGAAGAGAACCCCG